AUGUUGUUGCCAAAGGGAGUAAAAAAAUUUAAAGAAACUGUUAUAGCUACAGGUAUAAAGAAGGAUUGUUGUAUGCUCAGUGAUCCUGCAUUACUUCAUACUUUAAAUCCAUCAAUUAGAAAUAGAUGCUUUUUAGAAAUCAAAGAUCAACAAAGCGAACAAAUUUUGGGAACCAUUGUAAUUGAACUUUAUGCAGAUAUCGUACCUAAAACAUGUGCUAAUUUCGAAGCUUUUUGUUUGGGAGUAAAUGGAUUAUCCUAUAGAAACACUCCAUUUCAUCGUAUUGUUCCGGGUUAUUGGUGCCAAGGUGGAGAUGUAGUCAAAUUUAAUGGUGCUGGUGGUACGUCCAUAUAUGGAGAUAGUUUCAAGGAUGAAAAUUUCAAUUUGCGUCAUGCUGGUCCUGGUAUUGAAGAAUGUGGAACAAAAUCUGGAAAACCAAUAAGAUCUAUCGUCAUAUCGAAUUGUGGAAUCCUUUCAUCAAGAAGCAAUUAUUCAUAA